CCUCGCCUCUGCCAAGUGCUCUCUCGCAAACACUCUCCACCUUCCUUCCUCCUUCCGAGAUUCCAAAAACCCAAAGCCCACGAGCCAUGGCCGCGCCGGCGGGAGCAGCGCUGCGCCUUCGCCUCCUCUUCCGGAUGCUUCGGGUGGGGGAGCUCCUGGCCCUGGCCGUGCUCCUCUCCUGGUCCUCCACCCGCGCGCCCUCCGCCGCCGCCGCCGCCGCCCGCGCCGCCGGGUCUCUCCUCUUCUCACCGCGCUUCGUCUUCGUCCUCGGCAACGCCAUCGUCCUCCUCCUCCUUGCCCUCUCCAAGCGCCAGGCCCAGGAUCCGUCCUUCUCCUCCUCAUCCUCCUCCAGCAGCCAGAUCCCCACGGCCGCCGCCAGCUUCCCUUCGUUCCCAGCGCCGGCGCCGAUUGCGGCGGAGCCCGUGGUCCCCGUGGUCCCGAUGGCCCCCGCUGCCCCCGCGGCGAAGGCGGCCAUGGAGACGGUGUUCGAGGAGGAGGAGGUCGCGAAGCCGCCGGCCGCGGUUUCUUCGCCGGAGGCGGACGCGCGGCGCGUCGUGGGGAACAACGGCAAGGCGCGCGCGCCGAGGCGGAGCAGGUCGGAGAAGAUGGGCCGCGCGUCGUCGCCGGAGACGAUGAUGACGAUGAUGCCGGCGGCGAUGAUGCGGCGCUCGGAGUCGGACAACGGGCGGCGGCCACGGCGGCGGUCGUCGGCCACUGCGCGGGACGUCGUGGGCGCGGACGGGCGUGGGUGGGGGAAGGAGGACGCGGACGAGUUCCGGCGGACGGUUGAGGCGUUCAUCGCCAGGCAGACGCGGUUCCACCGCGAGGAGGAGUCGUCCAUGGCCGUCGUCUUCCCCGGCGCCGCCGGCCGCCGAGACACCGCUCUUGUUGUCGUCGAGUAAUGAUAAGCCGAUGAUGCGUCCUGCGGGAAGAAGAAAAGAAAAAAAAACUACUAUGUGCAAAGUACAUAAAGGGAUUAAGGAACAAGUUCUCGUUGCCUAGCUAAUUAAGCUUCUUCUUUCCUCUUCUUCCUUUUUUUGACGAGAGCUAAGCUCGUGGUUCUAUUCCAGCCGUUGGAUCGUUGUAACCCGACGGACUGGAUCGCUCGUGAUGCUUAUACUGAAUCUACUGUAGCGAACGAAACACCAUUCCUCUGUCUUCUCUGCAUCCCAUGGUUCAAUUCAAAACCACGACAGUGCUAUA